AUGGAUUGCAAAUACCAGCCGUUGACUCCAGUCAUCGAAAAGCCUCGCGCCGAAUCUCUCGAUUCCUGUUCAACACUUGGUGACUUGGAGGAUCUACAAAUCCCGCUAACAUCUGGUUCGAGCGCCUGCCAUGGUCAGAGGCUGAGCAUUCUGCGCCAAUUUCUCACCUCAAAUUGGCUAUGGAUGGUUCAUGCGAUUCUGCUUCUCACAUCUUGCACGUUAUUCACCCUUUCUAUCACGAUCCGAUCAUCAACCUUAAAACAUGUACGAGAGUUUUCUGCUUGGUCCCCUGCAGAUACGGCCGUCAAGUUCAACUCCGUGAGGUAUAACAUCACAACAAACGGGAAUAGGUUCGUCGGUGCUGGGCCUGAGGUGGACAAGGCCUGGCGCGAGAUUUCCUAUGAUGUUGGAGACCAAUGGAUCUCGAAAUCUGACAUCAAACACCUCGACAUGCCGGAUUCAUCACUUGAAGUCAACCACCCAGAAACGGGCGAGGAAGGUUAUCGAGUUGGGAUGGAGGUAUUUCAUCAGCUCCACUGCAUUAAUCUCCUCCGUCGAGUGACGUACAAGGAGUAUUACGAGCCUCUGGGAGGGGAGUUUGCAAAGGGGCCUGAGGAGUUGCAAAGACAUACCGAUCACUGCAUCGAGGUUCUCCGGUUAAACAUACAAUGCAACGCCGACGUAGGACUCUUCACUUUCUACAUGAUCGAAGGUGAUCCGUUGGCCUGGCCAGAGCUUAACUCCAAGCACGUCUGCCGGGAUUUUGACCGGGUGCGCCGGUGGGCCUUGGAUCACUCGGUCGGGAAUAUGGAAGUUCUUUCCUGA